AUGGCAGCGACGCAGCUUCCCACGAGGAGCGUUGGCCCUAAACUAUCGACAGCGGAAGAGACCAAGGAGUAUGAGAAGAUUCUUAGAAUAAGCGAGGACAUCUUUUCUGGGACUCACCCUAGGUUGAAGGUUCCGCAGCAGUUUGUCCGCAAAGUCGCGUCUCGCAACCCGCCUGCGACGGUGACGCCUCAGAACAAGGCAAACGACAAGGCGGGCUCGCCUUCCAAAGCUCUGACUCGCCAUGUCGCGUCUACAACCAGGCCCGUUAGCUCUCCGAGCACAGAUUCUACCAAUGGCCCUUCGAUUACAGCUCCUCCCCGUAUCCUCCCUAAACCCACUUCCGAAAUUGAUCCGAUAUUUCUAGAGAAGUCAGAGGACUUGGUGAGAGCUGAACUACAGCUGCAGAGACAAAGAGUGGAAAGAGAGAUACGGGAGCAGGUCGAUUUAAGGAGACAGGAAUCAAAACAGAAAGUAUCCGUACAGGACGCGACUCCUGAUUUUGACGUCUCUGACGUUCUCUCACGAGCACUCGAGCUGGUCAAACCAUCCCCGGCACCCGAGGUUGCGGCGCCGAGUGACUCGUUUGAUGACAACUCCUUCUACUCUAGUAGAGCCCCUGACUCCCCGCAGCACGGUGACCAUAAGUCGUCGUCGGCGUCUUCUGUACCCGGGGAGCAUAGCGCCGGGGCUAUUGGAGAAAGAUACUCAGAUGAGUUGCAUCGGCUUGAGGCCCUCAACCGUCCUGAUUCGGAUCAGUCAAUGCAAGAUACUUACUCCAUUGCAGACCCCCGACCUUCGUCUCAAAGGCAGCCGCACCAUACACAAGCGUACAGGGCACAUACUCGCCAACAGGCCGAACCGCUGGACGAACCUGAAUACUCACCUCCAGCUCCCGGUGUGGCGCCAAUGGAAAGGGUAGAAUCAUACGAACCUUCGAGAACUAUGCCAAACGGGCCCAAACGCCGGGCAGUUGACCCUCGAGAUCGCUAUGCUAGACGGUCGAUCUCUCCGGCAGACGGAGUACGAGUUAUACGAAACCAUAUCACGUCACCAGCGGCUCCCCAACCGUCCAGAGUCUCCCCUCUCGCCAUUGCUAAGGUCCCCUCCGUUAACCAACAUCAUGAUUCGCGUUCGGAGUAUGAUGUGGAGCGCCGAGGAAGCCCUGAGGUGCCGGCCCAACCUCCAGUAUCCAGGAAGCGUAGGAGAUUGCAAGAUGACAGAGUGGUUUAUAGAACGUCAGGUGGUGGCUCGAUCAAGCCUUUCGUCAAAGAGGAGCCUGUAUCCCCUCCUCCCUUUGCAGAUUCUGCGCCCAUUUACCGUCCUCGUGUUCAAGAAGGACCCGUUUAUAUUGAUGUUCCCUCACCCCGCUAUACUCCGGUGGCAGACCGAAGAGAGCCAGCAUUAAGAACAUCAGGAUAUGGGAUGGAACCUUACGAUGAGGUUCAAAGCGAUCAGGUCGUACCCCGUACGGCUUCGCGACUCGGCACCCAGAGGCCAAUGCGGGAUGAUCAGGACUUGAGGAGAGUUGCGAGUUUGCAUCAGGCCCGGAAACCGGAGUGGGCGCGUGAAUAUGUUGACCAGCAAAGUCCCCAUCCUGCUCGUAACGGACCGUAUACGGUUGUUGAACGCGCGCCGCAGCAAGAUAGCGCACGGUACUUCGAGGAACUUACACCAAGGCGUUAUGCCUCGCCUAUGCCGCCACCAUUGCCGGAAAGCUACUAUAGCGAUUAUGUUGUGGAGGCACCUCCGCGACGAAUUGUUAUAGACGAGCAUGGUAACCAGUAUUACGAGGCCCUCCCGGCACCGAGAGUUUCAGCAAUGCCGCCGCCAGCCAGUCGGAUCCCGAGGGCCGACUUGUACGAGGCGCCUCCGCAGAUGCGCCACGCUAGCGUACGGGCCGCGUCAGUUGCUGAAGAUCCAUACGGUGGUCGAAGAUAUGUACAGGAAAUACCUCAGGGGACUUAUCGACGAGUGGCAGAUUAUGCUCGGCCUGCACCGGCUGAAAGGCGCCCUUUCGCAGCGCCGUUCGAGGUGCGAGAGCCGUACCCGCGUAGUAGCAGCGUGCAGGUCCAUGAUUGGACACCCCGGCAAAGUCACUAUGCGGAGGAAGCUGAGCUGCCCCGAGAGAGGAUAGUGCGAAUCCCAAGUGUGCGGCCACCGACGACCAGAUACCAGGAACCGCGCGAGGUGAUUCAACGGGUGGAGAGCGUUCAUCCUGGUGGUCGCGACACGAGCGUAUACAUUGACGAGGAGAUGCGACGGCCAAGAGACUACAUUGAGCGGCCCGUUCAAUAUGUAGCUGCACGGCCUGUGGCCCGUGAGGAGCGGUACUACGAGAACGGCGAGCCCGAGCGAGUUGCGCUCGAUGGUUCGAGAGAUGUAGUCCACCGAGUUUCUCAGCGGUAUUGA